GCCAACUAUCGAUCCGUCAUCCGUGAUCUUCAGUGAGAGAAACGUCACAGAAUGUCUACUCCUGAGGCUACUGGAAUACGUCAAAGAAGUAAGGUAGUGAACGGGGAUGAAGAUGUCAAGGUGUCUAAUCCAGCUUCUUUAUCCGGUAACCCUGGAAAGAAAGUCCCAAGAAACAAACCUCAUGUCAAACCUCCUUUUAUCGAUAUGUCAAUGAACAAGUUCCUCACAUACCUCGCUCUUACCCUCCUCACACUCGCCUCGUUCUACGUCUGGCGUCUUACCGUCUGGGCGGCCGACGUAGGGGGUUAUUGGAAUCUCAUGACUGGUCGUCGGACAGUGGAUACGGGUAUCGAUACGGAUAGUAUCGUACAGGCUGCUGCUAGUGCCACACAGUCGAGUGCGGGAAAAGGUGUUGUGGGUGGGAAAUCCGGAGGUGAAGAUGUCCAAUCUCAAAUCUUCAAACUCGCUUCUGCACUCGGUAUCAAACCCGCCGAGCUCUCAGCGGCCAUUCGACCACUUGUCGAUCCUUCCGUCCCCAACCCCAUCGAAGCGGUAAAGCGUGAAGCUGAUUUGUUGAGACAACAAAUGGAACAACAAGCUCAAACGGCAACUCCUGGACCUGGUGUGUUGGACAUGUUGGGUGAAGCGUUGUUGGAUUGAACAGAGAGAUAAUGUCAAUAUGAACGAUAUGGUUUCAUGCAAAUGAAUGAGAUGCUUUGAAUGCUAUUU